CUUGAGAAAAGCGCAAAUAUCCGAGCAGGACUCUGUGCUGGUAUGCUGUCACUCCAGCCAACCGAUCGAGUGCGUAAUGCUGAGCCAGUGUCGUGUGAUUUGCUCCUCAAUCCUGAAGUAGCGCGUGGUGUUUAGAGAAAUAAAGGAAUAUUCAGCUGGUCACUCGGGAGGAUGAACUGGAAUUCCGCUGACUCUAUUUGUCUUUGUGACAGUUUGGCUCUCUCCACCUUGGGGUUGAUAUCUCUUCAAAUCUCAAGCAUGUCUCCAGUCUACUCACCCCCCAAAUACACCACCGGCUCGACCCUCUUAAGUCCAUACAGUUCCUAUGACCCCUGCGAUCCCACCCUGGGAUAUAUUGUCAGAGGUCAACCUCAGCUUUCCAGGUAUGCUCCUUCCACUUCCCGCUACCUGAACCCUAGCCCUUGCCUCGCCCGAGGCAUCCUGUUCUUUCCCCAGGAGCCUGAACGUGGGCGAGCUGCCCCCCAUUCAGAGCCACACAUCGGCCGCCGGAGUGAGAGCUACAGUAGGAUGCAGGUUAAAGGUCAGUUUCCCAGAAUUAAUGGGGCAAGGGGCCGUUCGCCUUCAAGGACUGGAUAUACCUGCACGUCUCCCCAAUCGAGGCAGUGCAGGUCGGUCAGUCAGUCAGACCUGAUGCGGGAGCUGGCCACCCUGGAGAUCUGUGACCAAGGAGCAGUGGAGAGAGGAGUGUACACAGUCAAAGAGAGCAUGAUCAGGGGACGGACAGAUUACUCAGGGCCUCUCUACUGGAGAUCAGAGAACUCAAAGAAUGCCCAGGGUCUGGUGGGCCUCAGGAAUCUAGGAAAUACUUGUUUCAUGAACUCCAUUCUGCAGUGUCUGAGCAACACUCAUGACCUGAGGGACUACUGUCUGCGUAACACACAUCGCACUGACCUCAACAACAACUGCAGGGCCAAAGCUGCACUGAUGGAAGAGUUUGCCAAGCUCACUCAGAGUCUUUGGACAUCAGCUAGCAGUGAGGCCAUCAGCCCUUCUGACUUCAAAAUGCAGAUUCAGAAAUAUGCCCCUCGAUUUGUUGGUUACAAUCAGCAGGAUGCUCAGGAGUUCUUGCGGUUUCUGCUGGAUGGGCUUCAUAAUGAAGUAAACAGAGUGACAGUGAAACCCAGAUCGCCCAUGGAGGACUUUGAUCACCUCUCGGACGACGAAAAAGGCAAGAGAAUGUGGAACAAGUACCUGGAGAGUGAGGACAGCAAAGUAGUUGAUCUGUUUGUUGGUCAGCUGAAAAGUUCUCUGACUUGCAGUGAGUGUGGGUUCUGCUCAACUGUGUUUGAUCCAUUCUGGGAUCUGUCCCUGCCUAUCGCUAAGACUUCAGGAGAAGUAAGUUUGAUGGAUUGCCUCCGACUUUUCACCAAGGAAGAUGUACUAGAUGGGAAUGAGAGACCAACAUGCCACAGAUGUAAAACCAGAAGGAAAUGCACAAAAAAAUUCAUCAUUCAGAAAUUUCCGAAAAUCUUGGUGCUUCAUCUGAAGCGUUUCUCUGAGUGUCGAGUCCGAACCAACAAACUCUCCACCUUUGUAAACUUCCCCCUCAAAGAGCUGGACCUCAGGGAAUUUGCCUCUGAUAACAGUGUAAAUGCAGUCUAUAAUCUGUAUGCUGUGUCCAAUCACACUGGUACAUCUUUGGGUGGCCAUUACACAGCGUAUUGCCGCAAUCCCUGCAUAGGAGAAUGGUACACAUACAACGACUCCAGGGUGAGUCCCAUGUCAUCCAGCCAGGUGCGCAGCAGCGACGCAUAUGUGCUGUUCUAUGAAUCUGUGGCCUCUUCACGCAUGUGAUUUAAGAAUGAAAUGAACAAGCCUAGGAUUAAAUCAACCCUUUUGCUGCUGUUGAACUAAAUCUUGGUCAGAGUCUACAUGCUUGGAGGACCAUGGGACUUUAUCCCAGGCCAAACACACACCGGAACUGAAUUAUGGUCUUGGCCUACGAAUUGGAAUGAAGCCUGGGAUGAAAGUUUAAUCCAAGCCCGGAUUGAGCUUCACAGUAAGGGUUUCUCCAUCCAUCACUCCCCUUGAGAGAAGCUGCUGCUGUGGGGAAGGAUUUAACAAACUGUAAUGGACUGAGACAGACAGAGAAACAUGAACUACUACCUCUACUACCUGUGUGUGUGUGUGUGUGUGUGUGUGUGUGUGUGUGUGUGUGUGUGUGUGUGUGUGUGUGUGUGUGUGUGUGUGUGUGUGUGUGUGUGUGUGUGUGUGUGUGUGUGUGUGUGUGUGCGUGCGUGCGUGCGUGCGUGCGUGUGUGUGCGGAGUCAGUCUCCAGACUGAUACUGUAGGACUCUAUGCACUGUGUAACUGUAGCCAUCCGGCUCUACAGACAGUCACCACGACUCAAACAAUCCCCAUUCCCCAUCCCUUAUUUAAUUUUAUUAACAUGAGUUCAAUGUUUUACUUAAUUUCAAGCUAAUUACUACUAAUUUAAACAAGAGGUGCUGAGGGACCAUGUAGGUCAACUGUGUAAAUGAUGCUUGGAUUGUUCAGUGGAUUGUUUACUAUUUCGAACAGAUACAUUCCUUCAAGAUAUGUCUCUGCUUUGCUUGAUUUGCUAAAUUUAAACAGAAUAUGCACAUGGGAAGGGCUUAGUUUAAUGCUAAUGCAUGACUGUGCCUCUUCAAAAAUCCCUCACCAUUACAGAGAUAAUUGUAGGUCUGCCUCCUGGUGGCCAGGAGUUGUAAAACCCAGAAGAAAAACAAUGGACCCUUUACACAGACCAGAAUAGUGCAUUUCCAGUUUUUAACGUCAUCUAGUAAAGUUUGUUUUGUCAUUUCUUUUACUUUGUGUUAUAUUACCUUGGUAGACUAGGUAACACUGCUGUGAGGAUGUUUCUAGUAUAAUGACCUUUUCCUUUUCUGACCAACAUAAUCAAUCUCAAUAUUAUUUCCUCUUUAGGAAAGUCAUAGAAAUUCUACCAUAGAUUAUUUCCUUUGCUGUGGGAGCAAAUGGGAACAUGCAAAAAAUAUGUAUUUGUUGUAUUUUCCAUUCACCGCUAUGGAAGCAUA